AAAAUGGCUUGUUCAGAGUUGCAAAGAGCCAUAGAGAACCCAGUUCUUGAGCUCAAAAUUGUAUCAGCCAGCGACCUCAGCCAUGUCGAUGCCACUGACAAGAUGGACGUAUACGCCGUCGUUUCAAUUCACGGCGAAGGUACUCACAAGACACAAACGGCCAAAACACCCAUCGACUACGACGGUGGUUUGAAUCCGACGUGGAAUCACACCGUUAAGUUUCCCUGCAACGAAGAAGCAGGCCGUGAAGGCCGGUUAACCCUCAAGGUCGAGUUAUUUAGCUAUUUGCUCGAACGGAAGGAAGACCUUUAUCUAGGAGAAGUCAACGUCUCGGUUCAGGAACUUUUUGCCUCAGAUCCACGGCCGUUUGGAAACGGUAACGUCCAUAAAAUGAAGUCUAUGACUUGCCCUAUCAAAGUCACAGAGGAAGGAAGUACCAACGCAAGGUUGUGCCUCUUGUACCGGUUUAAACCACUGCCGGUUGAUGAUUCGUGUCCUCCUGUACCUCAGGAUCAUUCCCUCUCGAUUGGUCAACCCGUUUAUCCAAACCCGGAACAAGUAAUACCAGGUCAGCCUGUCGUAUUUUCCCCUCGGUUUCAAACCACCACGACCAAACUGAUCCUUGAGAUUGUGAUCAAGUUUGCCAAAGACAUUGAAGAUGUUAACGCCUUCUCGGCUAUGGACGUAUAUGCUUCAGUUGCGAUCCUUAAAGACAGGAAAGUUAAGGACAGGAUCAAUACCCCUGUCGCUUUCUCCGCAAAUACAAACCCUAAAUGGAACCAGACGAUUAAGUUUUCACUCGAUGAGAAGUUAGCUCAAGAAGGGCGUUUAAUGCUCCUGGUGGAACUGAUGAGCCACAGGCCUUUUCUUGGUGAUAAGGAAAUCGGAUUCGUCAGACUUCCAAUGGAACAACUAUUAGGCUCAAACCCUCCAGCCAGUGGUGAUGCUAACGGUAUGAAGCUGGAAACGCACGCUUUGACGGGUCCUUAUGGGAAAAAAGGUGUCGUGAACUUCACGUAUAGAUUUCUUGCGGAACAACUUAGGGUUUCAACGGUUCCAACACCGUCGACAACAUCCCAACCAUAUAUCAUGUAUCUACCGGUCUCGCCUCAUUCAUACGCGUCAUCAGAUCCGAUACAGUUGACCUCAAGUUAUGUGACUGUUCAACAAGGUAAAAAUGCCGGGCAGGGUAACGGACUAGUACCAAUAUAUAUGUCGCCUCAAUAUCAAUCACAUGGAUAUCAACAAUAUUCACCACGAAAUCCGCAGCCACCACCGCAACAUUCGCAGCUUAAGCCACUGACUCAGCAGCCGUUCUCUCAGUCAAUGCCGGAUACACAAGAAGCAUAA